AAAAGAGGAAGUUGCGAAGCGAACCCUGUAACCAGCAGGCUAGCUAUAAUCUUGAGCCGCCCUAAGCAUUGAAAAGGGGAAUAACAGGAACAAGCGCGCAUAGUAUUAUGUAUUUAGUGUUACUGCAAAUUUGUCAGAUAUAUAACUUAGGUGUGCACAUUCACCCGCUUUAAAAAUACAAACGGUAAAGGCAAGUUGUCGUGACCAAGAGCCCUGGAAGCAUGUCUACGUUUGACAGCAAGCUAACGAAAAUUAUGCCUUCAUCCUUCUAGAAAGGCUAGCGAGUUAGCCAUCCGCUGCAACGUUAGCCACUGGGUAACUUAGCCUCGAAACGGUUGACAUAGAAAGCUAAUUAACGUUGCACAUUUCUCCGGCGUUAGUGUCAGUGUUAGAUGUCCCACAAAACAAGAUUUCUAUAUUUAACUUAACGGUAAAUGGAAUCAUACGACAAUGCAGCUAACCCACCGAUUCGAGGUAGCUGAUUCAAUGUUAAGCCUAUAUACUUGGUAAGAGAAAACGCGUUUUAUUUGAGCCAGGUAAAUUUGACUCAGUGUUUAACGUCGUCAUUGUAAGCAGUCAACAACGUCAACCUUUUGCUAGCUAGUUGUUUGUGAAGUAUCGACCUAAGCAGGCGAGCAGAGCAUGAUGAACCCCCUUUGCGGUUACGUUAGCCAGCAACACCUUAGCUAACGUUAGCUACAGAAGUGGCUAGUCAGGUAGCUAAUGUUGGCUCAUUACUGUAAUUAACCCGAGACUAAGUAAACUGAAGAAAGCAUCUGAGCCUGCUAAACAUGGCUUCAGAGGAGGCGUCAUUGCGUGCACUCGAGAGCCUUAUGACGGAGUUCUUUCACAGCUGCACAACCAACGAGCGAAAGAGAGAAAUAGAAGAGCUGCUGAAUAACUUUGCACAGCAGACUGGAGCGUGGCGCCACUGCCUGUUCUUCCUUUCCAAUACUCGGAAUGAGUAUGUAAUGAUGUACAGCCUCACAGUAUUUGAAAACCUCGUGAAUAAGAUGUGGAUUGGUGUUGCUUCACAAGACAAGAUGGAGAUUCGCAGCUGUCUGCCCAAACUCCUACUUGCUCAGCACAAAUCGGUGCCCUAUUUCAUCCGUAACAAACUCUGUAAAGUCAUUGUAGACAUUGGUCGCCAGGACUGGCCAAUGUUCUACCAUGAUUUCUUUACAAACACCCUUCAGUUGAUCCAGUCCCCAGCUCUGGCUCAGUUGGGGCUGGUGAUGUUGAAAACCACAUCAGAGGAACUUGCAUGUCCUCGAGAAGACCUGAGUGUCGCCAGGAAAGAUGAACUGCGUAAACUGCUGCUGGAGCAGGUACCAACACUGCUUGGACUGUUGACAGGUAUUCUGGAGACCUACUGGGACAAGCACAGUGUCAUAGCUUCCACCCCACCUCCCUCACCCACCUCAGGGGAAAGUGUGGAAUUGCUGGGCAGUUUGUUUCAGGGCAGCCAGUACUCAAAGCUGCUUUGCCAGCCCAUGGCAGCAUUGGACAGUGAGAGUCAGCAGCUCUGUUGUCUCGUUCUGGAGUGCUUGGCCCACCUAUUCAGCUGGAUCCCUCUGUCCACAAGCAUUACACCCACCCUGCUGGCAUCCAUUUUCCAUUUUGCACGUUUCGGUUGUGAUCUUCAGACAAAGGCCAAGACAGGAUCCUUCAUCUCCUCCAACUCCUCCUCUUCUAAUGGGCAGCUUAACCCAGGGACAAUGCCACCAACUUCAAACGGAGGAGGGAGAAACGGACAGCAGAGUGAGGGCAUCAAGGUGGACCGUGCCCGACUUGGCGUACUCGCCAUGACCUGUGUCAAUGAACUCGUGUCAAAGAACUGUGUGCCAAUGGAUUUUGAGGAGUAUCUGCUGCGCAUGUUCCAGCAGACCUUCUUUCUCCUGCAGAGGCUAACACGAGAGAAUAACGCUCACACAGUCAAGAGCCGCCUACAGGAUCUUGACGAGAGUUACUUGGAAAAGUUCACAGAUUUUCUGCGCCUGUUUGUCAGUGUUCACUUGAGGCGGAUUGAGUCUAGUCCUCAGUUUCCAAUUGUAGAGUUUCUUGCCCUGCUUUUCAAGUACACAUUCAACCAGCCUACCCAUGAAGGCUACUUUGCCUGUUUGGAUAUUUGGAGUGUGUUUUUGGAUUUUCUAACAACCAAAAUCAAAAGCAGACUAGCAGACAGAGACAGUGUCCUAAAUAGGUACAAAGAUGCCUUAGUUCUUCUGUUAAGGGAGGUCCUGAAUCGCAUACAGUUCAGAUACAAUCAGGCCCAGCUGGAAGAGCUGGAUGAUGAAACUCUGGAUGAUGAUCAACAGACUGAGUGGCAGAAGUACCUGCGUCAGAGUCUGGAGGUGGUUGCCAAGGUGAUGGAGCUGCUCCCAUCCCAUGCAUUCUCCACGUUGUUUCCAGUCCUUCAAGAAAAUUUGGACGUAUACCUGGGUUUGCAACAGUUUAUUGUCACCACUGGCACAAGUCGGAGACUCAAUAUCACUGCAGAGAAUGACUGCCGUCGACUUCACUGUUCUCUCAGGGACCUCAGCUCCCUUCUUCAAGCUGUCGGACGCUUGGCUGAGCAUUUCAUUGGGGAAGUUUUUGCUGCACGUUUCAGUGAUGCCCUGGCAGUGGUGGAGAGGUUGGUUGAAGUGACUUGCUACGGGUCUCAGACCAGCCUUUAUGAUCUGGAGACCGCUGUGCCUUCUGUGCUAAAGCCAGACCUCAUUGACGUACAUGCACAGGCCCUUGCUGCAUUGCAAGCCUACUCUCAUUGGCUCGCACAGUUCUACAGUGAAGUCCACAGUCAAAACCAGAGCCAGUUCAUCAACCUCAUCACGUCUGCAAUAGAUGCCAGCAGCCCACUCAUCACAGCUAAGGUACCCGAAAAGUUGCUGCUCUCAGCGUGUCAUCUGAUGGUUUCCAUCACAUCUACAGUGCGGCCUGUGUUCUUGGUCACUUUGCCAGCCGUUCAGAACAUCUUCAACCUCAUUACUACAGAGAAUCGGAGCCGCAGACUUCUCCAAGAGGCGCACAUGUUGGUGUGUAGAGCUUUAUCCAACAUGCUGCUGCUCCCGUGGCCGAAUUUACCAGAGAGUGAGCAACAAUGGCAAACACGCUCCAGCAACCAUGCCAGCCUACUGGCAGCCCUCACGCGAGAAUAUCGUAUUUUAAGAGGGACGGUGAACAUAACUCCACGGCAGCCUGCUCUGGGUGACAUGAAAGCAGUGAUACAGCAGACCCUUCCUGUGCUCAGAGACAUAGUGGACAGCAUCUCUGGGGAAUCCACCAAAUCACGUCAGAUCUGUUACCAGAGUCUUCAGGAGUCAGUCCAAGUGUCGCUCAGUCUUUUUCCAGUGUUUAUUCAGCAGCCAGAUGUGACGGAUGAGAUGCUCGCCUUCUUCUUGACGUUGUUUCAGGCAUUGCGAGUCCAGAUGGGUGUUGCCUUCACAGGACAGAUCAUCCACACUUUCCUCAGCAUGUUCACCAGGGAACAGCUGGCAGCCAGUAUUUUGCAAGAGGGCAGUGCAGGGUGUAGAGUGGUACAGAAGUUCCUGAAAAUCCUGCAGGUGGUGGUGCAAGAGCCUGGUCAAGCUUUCAAGCCCUUCCUACCCAGCAUCCUCUCUCUGUGCAUGGAGCAGGUUUACCCGGUGGUGGCGGAGCGGUCUUCCCCUGACGUCAAGGCAGAGAUGUUUGAGUUGCUAUACCAAAUACUUCACCAAAACUGGAGGUACUUCUUUAAAACUUCAGUCUUAACAAGUGUCCAAAGAGGAGCUGCUGAAGAUACCAUGGAAAAUGAAGCCCAGUUCGCAGCUGCCAUGCAGGCUUUUGGACAGUCUUUCCUGCAGCCUGACAUCCACAUCUUCAAGCAGAAUCUCUCCUACUUGGAGUCACUCAACAGCAAGCACAAGUUGUAUCAUAGAAAGCUUUUCCGGACCUCGAUGCUGUUCCACUUCAUCAACGUGCUGCUGCAGGUCCUUCUGCACAAGAGCCACGACCUCCUUCAGGAGGAAAUCACUCUCGCUAUUUACAACAUGGCUUCCGUCGACUUCGAUGCCUUCUACUCUGCCUUCAUGCCAGAGUUCCUCAAUGGCUGCCAGGGUGUAGACACCAGCCAACGAGCUGUUCUUGCACGCAACUUCAAGCUUGAACAGGACCUGCCUUCGUUCACUCAGAGUGUGCAGCGUCUGGUGAAUGACCUUCGCUACUAUAGACUGUGUAAUAGUAGCCUGCCCACUGGCACCAUCAAGCUAUAGCACAAUGACUGCUUGAAACCACUCCCACACAUCAAUGAUGAUCUACAAGGACUGCCUGUGCUGACCACUUUGCCCAACACUCCUUCUCAAACUCAGCUUCGCUCCACCUAUUCAAAGUGAUAGGAAGGAACAACACACAUUGUACGGUUGAGUAACUGGAGGUUGAGGAUGCUGCUGAUGUUUUUCUUUGAUUUCUACUGUAGAAGGUUGGCGCAUUUUUUUUUUUUUUAAAGCAGUGCCCUCCUUAUCUAUUGCCAAUGAUAAUUUGGCAAGAAAUGUAAACCUGGUCUGCAGUUGGCUUUUGCCCAGACCUGGAGCAGUCUGAGCCAGGCCUUCUUUCCCACGCCUCUGCAACAAAGCUGGGCUGGGACUGAGCACUUUCAACUCAUUUUGAGUUUUUAAAAUGUCAGCUUUUAUUCAUUUUGCCUUCAAAUUGUUUUCAUCUCCAAAGGAGACGCACUCUCAACUUAAGAUCUUUCAUAUCAUUCCAUUCUGAAAAAAGAGAAUCUGCUUAAUUAAAUAAAGUGCUUUUUUUACUAAAACAAAGGUUAUUGGUUAAUUCACAAUUUUAUUGUUUUAUGUAUUCUUGCAGUGUUAGGUUAUUUUAUGAGAAUAAUUGUUGCUUCAAGAUGCAAGACUUUUCUGUA